CUUGUAAAUACCGAAAUUUCAUAUUUUCAGGAAACAAAUCAGGCUUUAGGAAAGUAGUAAAGCAGUAACAACUACAACUGAAUGAAUGCAGAACUGUCACAGUUUAGUAACACAUGAGAAUGAAAUAUGGAAACAAAUAACAGCAUUCAGAUUUAUGAAUCAGAGUUGGAUCUAGAUGCUAAAAUUGAAAGUGAAUAUAUUAAAGAUACUGUGAAAAACUGCCAACUUGAUGCCAAUGGAAAUACCAAAGAAGAAGGAUUCAAAAGCUCCACAAACACACCAGAAGAUGACAGAUUUGCCUUGUUUCAAAAAGCCCUAGCUCAUGAAAAGGAUAAUGACUUAGAUGCUGCUCUACAAUGUUAUCUACACUGUAUCAAGGAUCUCAAGGGGAAAAACCAUUUUGCUCAGUUACCUCAGUGCCUUCACAAAAUAGCUGAAAUAUACAGACAGAAUGGGAACAUUGAAAAAGCAAUCCACUACACUCGUGUUGAAAAUUUUGUGAAUAUAACAUAUUUAAUGAACAGCAAUGAAAUACAGAAAAAAAUUGAUGAAAUCGCUGGUGAUAGUGGUGUUACUCCUCAAGAUUUAAAUGAGCUGAACCUAGAAGCCUUGAAAGCUGAUGAUUUUGAAUGUCUAGCAAAACAGUACUUAGAUCAAAAGCAGCAAGAUCUAGCUCUUCAGUUUGCUGGAAAAAGCACAAAACUAAGGCAGCAAAUCUAUGGCAAAAAUCAUGAAAAAACAAAGUCGUCAUUUAACUUCUUUGCAACACUGUAUGCUGAUAUCAUGCGGAAGAAAUAUACUGAUACUCAAGAUGUGGAUUUUGAAGCAGAUGCCGCAGCUUUCUCCAAAUCUCCCGAAGUUAUUAUGUCCCCCCCUGCAGGUGGGGAGCCUGUUUCUAUAUUAAGGCAGAGAUCAGUAGAUGUCACAAAAGAAGGAAACAGAGGAAAAAAGCAAGUACAUUUUCAUGAAUCUGUUGAGGAGACACAGCGACACAAGGAAAAAGAUGAACUGGCCUCCAUGAAGAUGACAUUGAUCUUGUCAGCUCUAUGUAUGGUCAUUUUAGGCACCCUAGGUCUGUGGCUGUUCUGUUCCAUCAGCAAGGGUAAAUCUUGCCAGAAAUUCAUGUCACUGUUCAGCACUUGGUUCCAGGCACUGAAAUAUUACAUCCGUCUAUUCACUACCCCUCCAGAGGCAGAUACAUAACAGUUGUACACUUGAAGCUAGAAGAGAAGUUUGGGGCUACCGAGACCAUUUUUUUUAGUUCCAAGCCAAUAAUUUAUUUCUUAAAGCUGUAAAACAAAACAAAAAGUUCAUUGUUUUUUUUAGAAAAAUCUGUUGGAUUUUAAAAUCUAUUUAGGUCAAAAGAAAUGUUUUUACCUAGUUUUAACUUUCUGUUAUUUUUGCGCUAUAAGGUUUGCUCUUGUGAUAACCCAGUUGUUGUACAAUAAUUUACCCACAAGAAAUGUAUGUCCAUGAUUUUUUUUUAGUAAAAUUGAUGUACUUGCUAUGAAAAAAAACUUACUUUAGAAAAUGUCCUUACAUUUUCAUAAUUUAAAGUUUUUUUUCUUAGAUAAAGUUGUUAUUUUUUCUUGUCUAAAAUAAAAUACAUUUUUUAUUUUGACUAAAAAAGAUUAUAAUUUUAAAUUAAUAUUAUUGUGUUGAACAUUUAGUUAUGAUUAUUUUAUGACUAUACUGAACAGGUUUUUAAAAAACUGGAAAAAAGAUAUGAGUCUUAGGCAGCUUAGGUACUAAAAUAGGGGAGGGGGGAUUUUUUAUCAGAAUUACAAGCUUAAAGAGAUAAAUAUUUUAAUAAUUAGUUGCAAUUAAUUUUUUAAGAGAUUUGUUCCUUUGUUGAAUAAGUUGGUUGUUUCUAAGCAAUGACAGGGUCAUUCAUAAAUUAAGUCACACUCCUAUGGUGAGGCAGAGUUCUGACUUAAGCAAAGGAUUGGUCAGAAAGAAUGAAUUUUUUAAAAGCAAUUUUGCAAAUUGAAUUUGGAAUUUUUAAUGACCUUUUUGUAAAAUGCAAUAAAAAUUUACCAAUAUACUUAAUGUAAACUCAGCUCAGUUAAUGUUUUGGGCAAAGUCACUAUUUUAAAAGACUAGUUACUGAAGUUUUGGGCCUAGAUUAUGCUAGUGUAGAGUCAUUUUAAAGAAUCUGUUAUUUUAUGAUGAAAUGGAAAGAAGUUCAAAAUACUUUUAAAAGUGUGAUGUUAUUUAUGGAUAUACAAUCCAUAAACAAUAGGUAAGCAACUCCAAAGGUUCAUACUUAUUUUUUCAGGUAUAAGAACUUAUUACUGACAUAAUAGUACAAAAACCAUCCAUACAUUUUUUUACCUAAAUUGCUACAAUUAUAGGUAUGAUAACUAAAGACACUUUACAGUCUAAGAUAUUGGGUACUGUAGAAAUAGUUUUCAGCUUAGUAUAUUUAUAUUUUUAUUAUUUGUAGCUUAAAUGUUUUAUAGUAGAGGACAAUUUGGUUGUGAUUUGUUACAAAACAAGCCAGGUGGUCAACCUCAUUUUCUCAGGUACACUAAAUUUUAGAAUAGUGUGCAGGGUAUUAAAAAAUCAAGUGCAGCUUUAUUUAAAUUACAUUUUAAUUGGAAUAAAAGUAUGUUAUGUGGGUUUUAAAAAUUACACCAGGAACUCUGUUAUCACUUAUUUUGUUAAAUUUUAUUUUACUUAAAAAAUUUCACAUUUUUCCAGCAUUUUUCUAAGCGCAUUUUUUAGAAAAAUGAAUGGAUGUUGAUUGCUUUAGUGUUAAUCGCAAAAUUAAAUGGUAAUGUUUUUUAUGUAAGAAAUUACUUUUAACAUAAUUUUUUCCAGUGAAUGUUGGUUAUAUUUUCAUAUAUUUUUUUAAACACUUUUUAAUUCAAAUGUUACAAGAAUUUGUCUUAAGCUGUCAAUUUUUAUUUAACCUUUUGUUUUAUGCUAAGCAACUCACUACUUAGUUUUGGAAAAAUGUCUGGUCACAUUAGCAUAUCUUGUGUAUAAAAUAUGUAUAGUGAUAGUUGAAAUGUGAUAUCUUAUAGCCUUGUGAACAAUAUGCAAUAAAGAUGGUGUCUACCAAACUUUGGGCAUAUUGCUUUUUGCACUACUGGUAUUAUUUUAAUUGUUUACUUUUUAAAAAUUCUUUUGCCUUUGGGUAUAUUUAGAAAUGAUUUUUUAAAAAGUUAUAUAUAAAUACAAAUGUUACUGCACAUUUUGUAUUAGCUCAGAUUCAUCUAUUUCUGUUGGUGUAUUAAUACUUAUAGAUUUCCUUGCUCAAUAGAUACAUGUACUUAAAAAUGUUUCCCAAUAGCUCAUUAACUUUCUUCUCCAAUUUUCUGCUUAGUAUUAACUAACUUAUUUAUGAACUAUGACUCUCUAUUGUAUAAAUUCACUAAUAUUUGUAAUCGUACACCUCAAGGUUUUAUAACAAAUCUGUUGGCCGCUAUUGUGUUUUAGCAUCUGUGUAGAAUCACUACAUUUUUAUCUGACGGAUUGUAUGAAAUGUGUAACAAUUAAAAUGGUGUGUUAGAAGGCUUAGUUUGUUUAAAAAAUAUAUGGAUUCUAUUCAAAUGUAUGUAGAAAACUUGCUUAAAAGUAUUGAUACAGUUAAAUAUCUCCUGUUCAGGCACACAAAAUUUAUUGGUUUAAAAAUAAAAUGCCAGUAAAUCUACAUUUUUAUACCAUAUGUUUAUUUCACCUCUAUAACUGUUUGGAUCAGGGAUUGGGUUUACAGUUAAGGUUGACUAGGGUUAAAGUUAAGGUAAAGAUAUCAAAUCAAGCUGGCAUUUUGACAGAUAUUAACUUUUUUGAGAGAAUUUUGUUAUGCAAUAGUUAAUCGUUAAACAGACAGCAAUCCCAAUUCCUUCUUAUAUUUAUAUGUUGCACUGUAUACUUUCAACUUUUAAAAUUAAUACAAUCAGUAAAGAAAGUGUCUACUUUUAGAUGUCUAUAAUGAAAGGGUAUAUUAGUAGAUGUAAAUGAAGAAAAAGUAGGUGUGUAUUAAAAAAAAGGUCUACUCAUAGACAUCUAUAUGACAUGCACCCAUGUAUGCUGCACAUUGUGAAUAAUAUCAAUACACCACCUGCAAAAAUUUAUUUUUAAAACUAUAAUUUUUACACCUGAUUUCAAGAUUUUGAGUUAUCUGUUCAAUACAUUCCAGCUUAUUAUCCAAUUAGUGUUUGAAAUGUGUUCUUUUCUCCUUUAAUUAUUUGCACAAUGCUAACUUGCACAAUAAUAACUAGAGAGGGCUGCAGUUUUCUUGUUGGCUUAUCUAUUAGAUAUGUUUAUCUGAAAUGUAAGGAUUUAUAUAAUGUGGCACUGUAAGACAUAGAAUACCUUUCAUGAUAAAACCAUGUGUUUACUGUGACAUAUGAAAAAGCAUAAUGUAAAGAAUAUCACUUGUUUAAUACCAGUGGCUGAAUGUUUUUGUUUUUGCAUUUAUUUCAUAAAUUUAUUGUUUGGGUUUGGUGAUAUUUUAAAUUUGUUUAUGGUUUAUAUUUUAUGUAAUAGUCCUAGAUUCCUUGAAUAAUGUUUACUAAGUUAAGUAGUAGUAAUAGUAAUAAUAUUAAGGCUUUUUAAAAUUUAAUCCUGCAACCAAAAUUUCCAGCCUACAAAUAUCAGUUUGAAACCACUUGAUAAGAACAAAACUUAAAUAUUUUAAAUUGUUACAAAAUAAGGAAAGCAAGACCUUACCAUGAAAAUAGUCUUUAGCUAAUCAGAUCAUACUUUUGUAUUGUGAACUAGUCAUUAAUAAAUGUGUUCUUUUAAGAAUUCAGAAUUUUAAAAGUUUUUGUAAUGAACUCUAGUGUAUGUGAAAUAUGCUCAAAUCUUAUUAUUUAGAACUGUUUUGUUGGAUAGAGUUUCAAAUAGAUUACUGUACUAAUAAAACAAGCAUAAGGAAAGGCGUAUGCGUACAUUUGUUGAAAAUAAAUAUUAUUUAAUAUAUACUAAUUUAUCUACAAAUAAUUAUUUAUUUCUUAUCAAUUUCAACUAUUGUUUGUUUUCUACAUUUUGUUUUCCAUAAAGUUUUGUGAUAUAAUUAUCUAAAAUAUAUUCCUUUCUUCUGUGCUUUGCUUACAUGUUAUGCCUACUACCUUAUGUGCCAUGUUUAAAUAUUUCAAACUAAAUAUAAGUAGUGCUUUAUUCUGGCAGUUAAAAUAGUAGCAUAUUAAUGAAAUAAAAUGCCAUUUUCAAAUGAAUAAAGCAUUCUAACAUUUCUUUUUCUUUUGAUUAUAUUAUUGGACACAAAUUUGUAAUCUGCUAAGUAACUUUUUUAUUUUAAUUGCUUUUUAUUAAAAUUAAAUUACAGCAAUCAAAAUAUAUGAAACACUAAAUAAAUAUAAAAGCUUGAAUUU